AUGAUAAUACCAGUGAGGUGCUUCACCUGCGGCAAGGUAGUCAUUGGGAACAAGUGGUACAAGUACCUGGACUUGCUUCACUGUGGCUAUCAGGAGGCCAAAGCUUUCGAAGAGCUUGAAUUGAAUAGAUACUGUUGCAGGAGAAUGUUGAUGACGCAUGUAGACUUGAUUGAAAAGCUCAUGGAAUACAAUCGUGAGAUUUAUUUUGACCUCAUCCUUAUGGAUUGA